AUGCAUCAAGAUCUACAUUCAGGUAACAUACUGAUUGGUGAUAAUUAUAAUUACAUCGCUGACUUAGGACUGUGUCGCCUUGCCAACGAAAGAAAUAAAAAAAAAGUCUAUGGAGUGCUACCAUACAUAGCACCAGAAAUUUUGCUAGGCGAACCAUAUACCCAAGCCGCAGAUAUUUAUUCCUUUGGCAUAGUUGCUUACGAACUCUUGGCUAAUUCUUAUCCUUAUGCUGAUCUAAAGUUGGAUGAUACUUCUUUAGCCUUUAAAAUAUACAAGAAUCCUACUGAGAGACCAAAAAAAGAGUUAUUUAUUAACAUUAAUCAAAAUAAUGUUGAAUUCGCUAGCCAGGUUCAAGAAAUAGAAGAAGAAUAUAGUCAUUGGUCUCAAAAUACUCCUUAUUACAUUUAUUGUAAUAUGGUCACUACUAGUAGACCUAUAAACACCAAAGAAAUUGUCCAACUAUUUCAAAAAUCUAAAAAACGAGCCUUAGAACAAGAACUAAAAAAAAUUGAAAAAGAAAUCAGUCAACCCCUUACUGAGGAACAAAAAGAGUUAAUAAAAUUUAUAAAAGAUUUAGAAAAUUUAGAAGAACUGGAAAUAGAGGGUAACCCUAAAUUAAUUGAAAUUUUAGAACCUUAUGAUGAUUGGAAAGAUCAUCAAAAAGACCUUCAAGAAUCAAACAAAGACACUCUGGAGUUAUUAAAAAAUAUCCGAGUUUUAGAGAAAGAAAAAAAAUCUUUAAAUAUCAAAUAUACUGAAUUAAAGAAAUUUCUUAAAGAAAAAACUUUUAUUUUGCUCUCCCGAGAUGCCAAACAAGAAUUAGUAAAUAAAUUAGACAAAGAAUUUCGAGAAAAAGAAAAUUUGUUGCUUAUUCCAGGAAAAACUAAGGAACUAAUGUUGAGCACCGAAGAGGCCAUUAAAAGUGUAAAAGAGAUAAAGAAAGAUUUAGAGGAAGAAUUAGAUAAAUCAAAAACAAAAAUUAAGGAGUUGGAAAAAAGGUUGAAAGAAUUUCGAGAAAAAGAUACUUAUUAUCAAGAAUUAAAAAAAAGUGUCGAGCAAAAGAAAAAAGAAUUAGAAGAGUUAAAGAAUGUAGUUAUUACCAAUAAUCAAUUGAAGGAAGAUGAUUUAGAUGAUAUUUUAGAAGCUCAGGAGAGAGGAGAUUACAAAAAAUUAAAACGUGCUAGAAGAAAUUUAAUGAUGUUUGCACAAAGGAUUAGUGAACAAGAAAUCAAUAAUCUGUGUCAGUUACAAAAAGUUAUUGUAGAACUAGAAGUUGAGCUAGGAGAAACUGAAAAAAAACAAAUCUACCAAAUAAAUAUCAAUGGUGGAUACAAUAUCAAUAAUUUUGGAAGUAAGUUUUAUGACUCAUCUUUUGGAGGAAAUAUUAAUGCUGAACAGCAAGGGAUCGAAAAUCUAAUUGCCCAAAUCGAAUCUCUACCCAAAAACUAA